AUGGCCUUGGCUUUGGCCACGUUUGCCGUGAAGGACAACUGCGACCGAACGUGCGGCAACAUGAGCGUGCCUUUCCCAUUUGGGCUCGACGAAAGUUGCGCGCGGAACUCCUACCUCGUCCUCAGCUGCAACCACACUUCCGGGGACCUGUCCCUCGAAGAUGACAUUCCGGUGUUGGACAUAUCCCUGGAGAACGGGACAAUGACCAUUGGCCAGUACAGAGCUUUCGACUGUUACGACGAGAGUGGCCAUCUGCUUGACGACUCUGUCCCUGACACGUCGAUCACACUGGGUGAAGACGGGCAAUAUACAUUCUCAGACACCCGGAACAAGCUCACUGUCUUCGGUUGCGACACCUUGGCUUUUAUCUUGGGUGCCAAUGGAACUGCUGGGAGUGGAUGCUUCUCCUAUUGCCACGAGGACAUUAACUUCACAGCCGAAAGCUACUGCUCCGGCUACGGAUGCUGUCAAACAUCGAUCCCCAAGAGCCUCAGAAGCCUUAAUAUAUCCAUGAUCAGCGCAACGAAUUACACUUCAGUUUACAAUUUCAGCUCUUGUGGAUCAGCGUUCUUAGUGGACCAGGACUCGUUUAAUGUCUCCAAAUACGAACUUCCUGUCCCAGAUGAUAUGCUCGUUAAAAAAUACUCAAACGUUGUUCUGGAUUGGGUAGUUGAACGGGAUUUGACCUGCAAGGAAGCGCAAUCGAACCGAUCGAUCUAUGCUUGCGGUGCCAAUAGUUUCUGCUCUGACUUCAGGAACGGGCAGGGUUAUCGUUGCUUCUGUGAUGUUGGGUACACAGGGAAUCCCUACGCCUCUCCACUGUCCCCGGGAUGUCAAGACAUUGAUGAAUGCAAGGAUCCACGACGAUACCCAUGUCAUGGAAAUUGCAAGAAUACGCCUGGGAACUACACAUGCGAUUGCCCAUUCGGCAUGACUGGUGAUGGCAAAGUCAGUUGCCAAAUUUCAGGUCUUGCCACGACUGCGGCAGAGAUCUUGAAGCACCAAAGAGUGAAAAUCUUCACUGAGGCACAGUUGGCUAAAGUCACCAAUAACUACGAUACUUGCAACAAGCUCGGUGAGGGUGGUUUUGCUUCAGUCUACAAAGGAAGAAUUGAUGGUGACAUUUUAGUCACAGUCAAGAAGCCUAGAGAUGUCCUUGUCAAUAAGCCGAAAGACAUGAACAAGGACUUGUCUCUGAGUACUCACAAUGAAUUUCUGCACGAAAUUAGCAUUGUUUCACGGGUGAAUCACAAGAACUUGGUCAAGCUCCUAGAGAUCGACCAUUCUACACUCGUGGAAGAAUUGCCUCGGGGUUGCCUCGAAGUUGCCUUGGCCCUCGAGUACUUGCAUUCUCUAGCUGACCCACCGAUCAUUCAUAGUGAUGUCAAGUCUCUAAAUAUACUUUUAGAUGAGAAGUACUCAGCAAAAGUAUCUGAUUUCGGGGCCUCAGUUUUGAUGUCACCUGGAAAGACCCAUAUAGCUGAUAAAGUACAAGGCACAAUAGGUUACCUUGAUCCUGAGUAUCUCAUCACUGGUGAAUUAACCACGAAGAGCGAUGUUUAUAGCUUUGGGGUUGUCCUUUUGGAGCUCCUAACUAGAGAGAUGCCAACUCAACGGGCAAAAUAUGGGGAAAAAAUCAACACCAUCCAGUCUUUCAUCUCCGCUAUGGAGAACCGGACACUCAUCCAUAUGACAAAGUUUGAGGCAUCCAAUGAAGCUGAACUGCGGGAGAUCGAGUCGGUCGGUUCACUUGGUAGAAGGUGCUUAAACUUUAAUGGCAUCGAAAGGCCAACAAUGAGGGAAGUGGCCAAGCAACUAGCAAGGAUCAACAAGAACCUGUGGGCCGAUCAAUGGGACGACAAAGAGACUCAAAGUUUACUGACAAGAUGAGAUGUGAUUCUCUCCGGACUUCAAUAAGUGAAAUGAACAAACUGGAGUCGACUGCUCUUUUGCUAUUUGACAUCAAAGCAGCUACUUCUAGCUGCAGCGUCUGACUCGUGCUUUCUACCCUAGAAACGAGUCCAGGGGUCGUAUGUUCCGGCUUCAUUAAUUAGGGAUUUUGAAGUUUUUUAAGGGAUGAUUCUUAUUUAAAUCAAGUACGGGGGAUUAUGAUGAUUAUACUCCCAUCUGUUCUAUCUAGAGCUUUGCCUAUAUGAAUAAUUAUGGAAUGAUUGCUCCAUUCACUAUCUAUUCGAACAAUUCAAUGGGAAAUUACAUAUUUGAA